GUGCUCCUGCCUGCAAGAAUUCAUAUCAGCUCCAAGCAGAAUUUGCAGUAUGGUUGGCUGGCUUAUAUGUUGGGAGACAGAGCUACAAAAAAGUUCACUGAAUACAGCAAAAUCUUCACAGUGGAGGGGAACUUAUCUUCUGGGAAGGGCAAGCUUGCACAACAAAUAGCAGAAAAACUAGGAAUGAAAUAUUUCCCAGAAGCAGACAUCCAUUACCUAGACAGAAUCACGGGAGAUGGAACAUUGCUGCAUGAGAAAUUUAAUGGUUUCUGUAACCUAGAGAGAUUUUACAAUGAUCCGAAAUGCCCUGAUGGACACUCUUAUCGACUACAAGCUUGGCUGUUUGGUAACCGUGUUUUACAGUACGCUGAUGCGUUGGAGCAUUUGCUGACCACAGGACAAGGUGUGGUGAUGGAGCGCUCUCCCUACAGCGACUUCGUAUUUCUGGAUGCAAUGUUUAAACAAGGCUAUAUCCACAAGCGAUGUCUUGAUCACUACAAGGAGAUCAAAGAGAUCAGCAUUUGUGAAUUCCUGCCACCUCACUUGGUCAUCUAUAUAGAUAUGCCCGUCCCAGAGGUGCAGAAGAGGAUUCAAGAGAAAGGCGAGCCAUAUGAGAAAAAGGUGUCUCCUUUGUAUCUCCAGAGCAUUGAGGAUGCUUACAAGAAAACCUUCUUACCAGAGAUCAGUGAGACCAGUGAAGUUCUGCAGUACACAGCAACUGAGGCAGAGGACGUGGAGAAGGUAAUCGAAGACAUUGAGUACCUGAAGUUUGACAAGGGGCCGUGGCUGGAGCAGGAUGAUGUUUCUUUCCAUCAUUUGAGACUUUAUGUUCAGGACAAAGAUGGAGUGCUGGAUCCUGCAGCCAUCCCUCGCUUCAUUCCAGAAAUCACAAUUGGAGGCAGUGAAUAUGAUAAAAUCUAUUAUGAGUAUCGAUCGCUUCCUGGUCGCAAUUUUAAGAAAGGCUACAACGCUGAUGUUGGUGACAAGUGGAUCUGGCUGAAAUGAGGUUUGCCUCCCUUUGGAGCCCUAACUGCGAUGGACCACAGAACUUGAGUGAAGAAGAAGCCGAGUUCAGUGUGCCUGCUCCGCAUCAAUUGUGUAGCACGAAGAAAAUGCUGGUUUAAAUCAUCUUCCAGCUACAGCAUAAGAGAAUAGACUCCUAGAAGGGAAAUCACUUUAUUCUGGUUUGUUCUUCCCUGAUGAAUUCAGGGUGCUUUGUCUUUGGAUGUUUGAUAGUCAAUGUGUGAUAGCAAAGUGAUCUGGUAUUACAGGGGCAGGCUUAAGAUCAAUGCUGAACUUUCUCUUCCAAGACUGUGGCAUAUUAUUACACAAAAUUAUUGUUGUUUUGCUGAAUCAAGAGAAAUUAAACCUGUAUCCUCUUGGCUCUCACAAAGUUAAUUUCUUGCUCUGUCAUGCAUGGUGUUUUAUGAGUUUCAUUAGAAGAGUGUACAUGCUAAAAAAACCACACUUGCAUCAUGUUUUGAAAGCC